AAACGCGGAAAGACCUCUGAGACGGUUUUCCCUGUCUGUCCAACGCGAAAGCAAGUGGUUUUGUAAUAAAAGAAAAUACUAUUUUGUAUGCAUCGUAUUUACCGUAACAUUUGCACGUCUUUUCCACAUACAGCUUUCUGCGGAAUCCGACAAAUGAGGCUUAGGGUCUGCUCCCAGCACGUCCUGACCGACCUACCUGUCCCCACCUCUUUGUGACACGGGAGUGCCCCCAACCGCAGCCAGUGCAGCAGGAGCGCGAUGAGCGUGGGACUGCCCGUCUGCACCCCUCGUCCACCCCUACUGGAGUCCGUGUGCGCCCGGCCCCUCAAACCCACGUAGCUGACGCUGAACACUUCAAGGUUGCUGCCUCUCGGAUUGAGACCACGGUGACCGCGGCCGCUCUGACUGUUCUGAGUUGAGGGGAGCCAGCCUUAUAGGUGGGGAUGUCUGAACAAACAGAGCUAAGGGAGUGCGAUGAGGCCUUUGAGUCAGAAGAGGGCGACAUUGAGCCAUACCUGGAAGAUGGAGAGAGCAGCAGGGAGCUUUUGGAGAGGCUGAGGGAGCUUGAGGCUGAGAAUUCUGCCCUGGCCCUGGCCAACGAGAGCCAAAGAGAGGCAUACGAAAGGUGUCUGGAUGAGGUUGCCAAUCAUGUGGUACAGGCUCUCCUCAACCAAAAGGACCUGCGAGAGGAGUGCAUUAAGCUGAAGAUGCGGGUGUUCGACCUGGAGAGGCAGAACAGGACCCUGACAGAGCUCUUCCACCAGAAACUGCAUUGUCAGCCCAGCCCGCCGCAGCAGAUGUUGCUGGCUCCCUUUCCAGAACACAGCACAGAGCCCCAGCUCAUGGGCCCAGACAAGUCGGGGGUGCCCCAGGACGAAGGGCAGACCAAGAGCAGCGGGGAUUGCACACGGAACAGUACAGCUGGCGCCCUGGGUCCAGCCACCUCCAUGGAGGCCCUGUCCCCCUUCUUCAAAAAGAAAGCUCACAUCCUGGAGGUCCUCCGCAAGCUGGAGGAGACUGACCCCCUCAAAUUCUGUCCUACAGCUGGCCUCUCCCCCUAUCGUGACUUGGGCCAGGUGCUGGUCCCGGAGGGAGCAGCCCUCGCCCCCUGGCAGCCGCUCUGCCGCCACUCCUGCUCGGACUCGGACCUCCACGAGUACAUGAAUGGUGAGGGGGCCCUGCGGGAGGACCGCGGGCCAGACAGCUGCUGGUCCUGCCAGGCACUCUCACAGAAAAGUCUGGACAGUCUGCUGCGGUGCGGCCGAGGCCACGGUGCCUCGCACACCACCAGAUCGGACACUCUUGGCGGCCAGGGGCUGCCUGCACAUGGCACAGGCCUGCAGACCGCCGCCAACCCCGCCAACAGCACGAGCGAGCCCUGCAUCCACAGCUUGCCAAUGGAGAGGAGCAGCAUUUCCCCAGGGUGCAAGCGGGCUAAUCCCAAUGACCUUCCGCAGCUCAUGGGGUCCGACUUGCACCCGUACUCGCUCGCUGACGAUGGUGAGCUGGGUGGCCACACCAACGGGGAUCCUGAGGAGCCCCCGUCACCUGAAGAGCCGGAGAGCUUCAAUUCCCAUGAAGACAGGCACCUGGACACACUCUCCAGCAUGGCUGUCCUCAUGCAGAAGGAAUCAGGCGAUCUCCAGAUAAGCACAAAGCACAUGGACACCACAGCCUUCCAGAGUCGGAGCAUGAAUGGGCAGGUCGUCAGCACAGAGGAGUGCUACCUCAAAGUGGCCCCCGAAGUAGCUGGUGUGGAAAAUGGCUUUUACACCACUACCUCAAACCUGUCUGUCCUUGGGGUCCUUGAUGGUUCUCAGAUCACAUACUGUGAACAGGACACCAAGGAGCAGGUCUGCAACGGCCUGUACUUCCCUCCUAGUGAGAUGCCAGUCCCUAGAAAGGUAGUCGAAUCUUACUCUGAAGGCUUGGCACCUGAAAAGAGCAGCACAGAGGCACAGCUGCCUCCCUCUGGAAAGACCAAAACAGUGGUCAGCCCCACAUCCCCAUCCUGCCUUGAUGAGGUAAAACCCUCCCCCAUCUCCUCCCCAUCCAGGCUGCUGAAGUUCCUGAAGAUACCCUCCAUUGGGGAGCGGGCCCAAGCUUCCAACCCACUGCGGCUUAGCCCCCAGCUCACCCGCAGCUCCAAGAUCCCCUGCCGAAACAACAAUUACGAGGUUUACCACUCCCCUGUCUUGGCUCGCAAGGCCACUGCGACAGAGAGAGACGGGCAGCCUCCCUCCUCCAAGGUGGACUACCCUGCCACACACUCUGCCCCCACCUCCCCUCCUAAGCCCGAGGACCCUAACUCACCAACCACCAGGGAGGUGAGCUACAGCAGCCACUCAGCACCCAAAGCCAGCCGCAAUGCCAAGCUGGCUCCAUCACCCCAUCCUCAGGGAGGCCUCCACAAAGUAUCCCACUACGAGAAUGUCUCUGAGCUCUCCACUUCCUGCCAGGUGGAGGGGGGGCCCCAGUUCCUUGAGCAACUGAAGGCUCCCCACUUUUCUUCUUACCCUCACAACGAGGGUCCCAUGGAGAAGCAGCCAAGCUCUUUUGAUGAGACAGAUCUCUGUGAUCAUAGCCUGUCCCCUGCAGGUAACCCGGUAUGUGACCAGGACUCCAACAGUGCUGCCUGGUACAAGAUCCACAACCACCACAGCUUGCCCUCGUCCUCUGUCUCCCACAAAGCCACGAGCAUCUCGAAUUACUCCAGCAUGAAGGACAGACCACAGAACAGGGGGGUGCCUGACUCACAGGGUUUGGAGUCCUCCCAAUUGCAAGAAAUUGUCAAGAGAAAUGAACCACCCACUGUUCCCAAAAGGCCAACAGCUGGGAGGUCCCCAAGCGAGUCCAGUCACCACCCAUUCAAAGAGCGCCUGGCAGUUCUUGGUAAGCUGAAGAGCUCAGAGGACUUGAUAGUCAGUCCACAGCCAGUAGACAAGAAGGAUGCACAGUCCAGUACCAGUAAAGUAUUGUCCAGCAACAGUGAGAAAAGCAAAACAGCAGAGAGGCAGGGAGAUCGGAGUGUGUCUGAACACAGACACUCCAAAUACACUGAUUCCUUGGAUGGGAAGCCUUAUCCUAAAUCCAACCUUGGUAACUAUGCCCUGAAGUUCCCAGGUCCCUGUGUAGCUUAUGAACCAGGAGCAAAAUCCUCAACAGGAAAUCCGUAUGUUUAUGUAGCCAAGCCAGAGGGCCCAAAGGUAAAGGCGAGCAUGCCGUCCUCCACCCCAGACCCUCCUCAGGUUUUGCGGAACUACAUAAAAUGCGCCACCGCCCCAAACCUUUCUCACAACAGCAAAGUUGCCCCCAGUCCUCAGAGCAGCCCCACCAAGGUACCGUCUAAAUCACCCUCCAAGCCCAGCCAAGCCUCCUCCAGCGGGCGAGGGCCCAAACCUGGGCAAGAGGACCGUGCCGCCGCUCAGAAGCACUCCCCUCGAGCAGAAGACAAGACCAAGCUGACUGCGGGCAAGAAGAAGACCCCCACCUAUACAGACAACCUACCACCACCCCCUCCCAGGCCUGCUGAAGCCAACGAGGACAAGAGGGCCUUCGCCCCAUGUAUCCAGUCUGCCAUUGAGCAGAAGGUGAUGAAGGGCAUUGAGGAGAAUGUGCUGAAGCUACAGGAGCAGGACCGGGGGCAGGCAGCCGAGGCUAAGCAGAAGGCCUCAAAUGGCAUUGCCAGCUGGUUUGGGCUAAGGAAGAGCAAGCUCCCAGCCCUCAGCCGCAAGCCAGAGAUGUCCAAGCUCAAGCUCAACAUGUCGGCCGCAGCCAAGGACCCCAAAGCCUCUGCCAAGAAGAAGCUGGAGGUGGAGAGCCUGAACAUCUCCAAGCUGAUGGAGAAGGCAGAGGACCUGCGCAAGGCUCUGGAAGAGGAGCGGGCCUACGUGAAUGGGGUGGCCCUGGACCGGCCCAGUAGAGGCCACUCCUGCGAGGUGGUGAUGGAUCAGGCCCAGGGCCAGCUGUCUGUCAUGUACAGGGGUGUGGCCUCUGACAACUUCAUGCAGCAGCUGCUGAACAGGGUGGAUGAGAGGGGCACCAAUAGCUUUGGCCUGGCACACCGGCGCCUCUCCUUCGACUCCAAGAAGUCACGACCCAUCUUAGGCCAUCAGAGGGAUGGUGUAGGUCACACCAAAAGCAGGGAAGAGAUGGAAAAGGGUUCAGACCUGGUCAGCAAAGAUGAUGUCACUUCAGAUGAGAGUUUGGCUGAGUCCAUCAAUUCUCAGCACUUUGCAGGUUCCGGGUCCUCCAUGCGCACUCUUGACAGUGGCAUUGGUACCUUCCCUCUGCCUGACUACGCUGGUGGCGCAGCGGGGAAGAGCAUCCCCAAGAUGAAGCCCCCGGGGGAGCAGGAGUCAGCCUCCUCCCAUGGGAAGACAGGGCUCUUGACAAAGGUUCCGCGCAAGGCUCGAACCCUGGAAAGGGAGCUGUCCUCCCUGGAGGAGGUCAGCCCCUCCGCCCUAUACAGCACCGCCUUGGAGGGGAGGGGCCCUAGCGUUCACCUGUCCAGCACCAUCCACGAAGAUGUUGAUUCCUAUGAGGCACACGUGCAAUCUCCACCCUCCAAGAACUGGACCUUCCCCAACCUGAAAGCUUCAGCGGGGCCUGCUGAUGUUUACCUGGGAGUGAAGGAGGAGGUGGAGCCAGCAGUCCAGGGAACUCCCUUCAGAAGGAACCUGAAACCAUGUGGCCCCACAGCCCCCCGUGAGGUGGACCCAGCCAGCCUCCCUCUGCCGCCCCAGCUGGGGAUGGGCCGGCGGGGGAAGGGCCGCACCCCCAGCGCCCCGGAGAUGGGUAAGGAGCCAGGCCUGGAGCUGGCAAAGGAGCGUGCGGAUGACAUCCUGUCCCCCAGUCGCACCCAGGCACUGGAGACGCCGGAGUCCCUGAGCGACUCCCUGUACGACAGCCUGUCAUCCUGCGGGAGCCAGGGAUGACCCUGACAGCCCGCACCAACCCCCAGAGCGCACCGAGGGAGAGAAUCCAUGCCCCCUCUGCCCUCACACCCCUCACCCCAGACACCCCCCCCCAUGGUGUGUCUGCACCCUCCUGAAUGUGUGUACUGCCAUCCUCAGACCUGCGGGCUGAGCCAGACAGGGGUGGGAUGGGAGGAGGACAGGGAGAGGCAGCGGGAAGAGGGACAACAUCCAGCACACCUGACCUUCCCCCACGGGCAUGGUGACGACACGGAUGGACAGAUGAGACACGCACAUGCCCCCUUCCGCCAUACCCACUGUAGAUACACCACCCCUCUGCUUUCCACAUUGUUAGACCAGAUUUCCAAGGCCUUGCCUGUGGUCACCCUGAAACACACCAGACUUAUAUGGAAUGGCCUCAGGAAGGUAGACAUUACCACACUGUUCCAUUACCGCUGUCCUCAGUGACAGUGGAGUUCAGAGGCAGAUUUGGAGUCUCUUUCUCUGGAAGUAUUGGGACCACCUGUAGCCACAUUUCCACUGACCCAAAUUAACUGUAGGUCAGCUAUACCUGAGGCAAGUUGGCUUCCCCACAGCAAAGUGACCCCAAAGAUCCCAAGAUACAGCACUAGGUUCACCUAAAGCACAGGCAACGGACAUAGACAUAGUGUUUGUCCUGUUUCAAACGCCACAGACAGAAUUUGUGUCUCAUGCUAAGCUAACUCUUAGCUAGGGAGCACAGUCAGAUUCACACUGUAAUCUAUAGUACAUGAUAGAAAGUAAACAAGUAUUUUACUUUCUUUGUUGCACAGUGGAUCCGCUUACAACCAGAAUCAUUCACCACCACCUUUUUUAUGGUCUCUUCAAACAGGAGUAAAACAAGCAGAACCUUCAGAAUAUCUUCCUCUAUCACAAGCUAACAAUUUGAACAGCUAGCCAACAACUGAAAAAGCUCACUCAUGUAUCUACAAGCAAACAUAAUACUGGCAGGUGUGGACAGCUCCAGAAAAGUUCAGCCGUAGGGGUAAGCAGCAGGUGAAACGCAGAGUCACAGUAGAAUAGACACACACAGUGGAGGAUCAGUGGAGAUGCGGCCAGUGACAUGAAUCAAAAGACGACUGUAGUUACUGCCACGCAGAUGUGCUCCCCGACUUUUUUAUUUAUUUUAUUUUUUCCAUUGAUAGAUAGUAUGAAAAUAUUGCUAAACAGGUUUCAGUUUAUUUGACUUUUUUAUUGUAAAUGUGAAUGUUACUCUUGUCACUCAUUUCACUUUGUUGUUUCCUUUUAUAAUUAUUCUUUUUUAACUUGAAGGAAAUGGAAAAAAAAUGUCUUUGGUGAGUAGAAGCAGCGACUUCAAUUCCACCAAAUAAAGGUGUUACUGUCAGCAAUCUGUGCAUCAAGUGAUUAAAUGUUAAAAAGUCAGCAAUAAAAGAAGGACAUGAAAUGGCCCCAAAAGAAGUGGAGAUGAAAAACAGCUCAAGGCAAAAAAAAAAAAAAAAAAGUUUUAUAUUUUUGAAGCAAGAUGAAUAAACCCUUGGGUUGGGCAGCCUCAGGGGCUGGAGUCUGGGUGUAUCUGCAUCUGGUCCAAUAACGACUGCAGCUGAGUGUAAUGAGACUGGAGUGAAAAGCAGACCCAUUGUGGUCCCAUGAAGGUCUGAAGCCUCCUGGUUCUGUUCUAAAGCUGCUACGCUCACUCCAACAUUCAUACUCUCGGACACACACAUACACACACACAGAGGCUCUACAUUGACAGCAAAAACAACACCUUGCAGGAGUGGUUGUUCAGCUGAAGCGCAUCGAUCCAGUUUUGAUCCCCAUUGCUUCAGGCUAACUCACCGGAAGGUAGGCCUCAAUUUAUGCAGGGCUUUGGUGCUUCACUGUGUUCUGGUCAGUCCACAAGUCUACCUGAACCAACCUGAAAUCAAGAUUUCCAGGGGAAGCUUUUUGACAGCAGCCUGACUGUGAUUAAGCAUUCCUGGGUGCACAACAAAAGGCCAAGCCACUUUGCUACUUCAGCUUCUGCAGCUCCAGCAGCCCCGCGAACAGGCAGUAACCCAGUGCCUACUCAGACAUUCUGUGCUAUAACGGUAGAAGGGAGUACACGGCUACAAGCUGUAUGGGUAGCAAAGCAUAGUGUCAUUUAGCCAUAUGAGCUAGUGCAAGUGUGCAGUUAUUUUCAUACAUGAAAACUGGUCUGACCCCACUUUCCUGCAGUUCCCCUUCCUCCAGUUCCCCUUCCUCCAGUUCUUGUGCCAGUUCUCAGGCUAACCCUAUAUGCAGCCACUGUGUUACGUGCUUAACAUACUGUAGAGUAGGUGUAUUGACUGCAGGAGGCAUAGCGGGGCCCCUCUGCCCCUCCCCCUCUGUCAAUCUAUACUUGGACCCUGUCACUUAUUUCUCUCUGCCUUCUUCGAUGUCCUGCAGGGCAUAGACAUCCUUCCCUUUCAGAAAUUUUGUCGAGGUUUCAUAAAAGUUUGAGGUGUUUUUGCCUUCCUCUGGCAGAAGUUCCUUAUGAAAUUGCUGAACCAAGCCUUGAAAUUUUGAAACCACACCACACGUUUUCUCCUGUUUCUUCCAAUAUCUUGCCCCCCACCGUUCUGAUUGGUUCAUCGAGGACUCGCUCUGCAGUAUGUGUGAAAGUGAUCGGCCAGCCGGAGGUAAUUAAUAACAUUUGUGUUUAACAGUCUGUCAAUGUUCCCCUGAUUCUGUAUCUGAGUUAAAGAUGGGAGGCAAAGGUAAAGACACAGGCUUCAUACAGAGAGAGGCUGAAGAGCUUUCGUUUGACAGCCUUCAUCUUCUCUUCAGUGUAGGAAAACAAGAUCGAGGGCCAUCUCUUCAAAUGUUUUUUCCUUUCCUCUGUAAGGAUAUUGUGUCUGUUCCUUGGUCAUCCAUUCACUCAUAAUUGAAAACUGCUGCACUUAUAACAAAAGAGAUGCCCUGUCGUUGAAUGAACUUCUGACUCUCCCAGUUACUGUGUUCACUUUUAUAAGCCUGGAGCUAAAAAGGAAUCAAAUUGCUUUUUAACUGUCCAGAGCUUGCAGUGCUUUCUGCAAUAUGAAUCAUGGCCCCCUCUCUCACACACACUUCACAUUUCCCAGCCUCUGGAGGGUACGUUUGAAAUCUGUGCAAUUAGCCAACUUUUGACUCAUUUAUGGGGAUGGUACACUGAAAGCCAUUUUUCCUUUCUUUGUAAAAUAGUGAGCCUUUUGGAGCUCAGCACAUGUGAGGGCAUAGAGGAGAGGCCUUCCUCAUUCUGUGGAAAUAAAGACUGGUUUCUUUUUUAUUUUUACAUUUUCCCCUCUUUUCUCCCCAUUUUAGCGGUCAGCAAUUAUAUGCUUAUUCAGCUUGUCACUGGCAUAACAACAUCCUUUGAACCCAUGUGGGUGUGCGAGGCGAGCGACUUUCCACUGCAAGUCCCAGGGUGCACCAGGAGGCAUACACUGUCUGAGUAUCUCACAGACAUCCACACAAGUCCCAGGGUGCAGCAGGACAGCAUGGUCCCCCCCUGGCCGAUCUACCUACUCCUAUCCCUGACAGAACGAAGCCAAUAUGCUGGACCUCUGAUCAUUUUUUACAUAUGAUACAGCCAAUUUUUUACCCAUACUUAAGGGCUCAGUUUGCGCUUGAAACAAGCUACUCGGGAGCUGUAAAACAUAAACAUCAUUAUACACACAUGUUCCAUUCCUAACACACACACACACACACGGCAGGUGGUGGUGAAUUUUUUUCAGGCUGUCUCAGUAGUGCCACACCCAGGUAAACAGGGACUUUGAAAAACACCUUUCACAAUCACAUUCCAGCCAGCUGCUGCAACCAGCACAGGCUGCUUCUGAAAAAAUAUUCACUGCCAGAGCUGACAAAGUCGAGCACUUUGGCAAAAUGUUAUUUUCAUGCUGUGCAAUUUACAUGGAGUGCGCUGAAGUUAAACUGGAAUGGGUGUCUGGGCUCCUUUGGGAGCUUCCUAGCACAUUUGUUUCUCCUCUGAGAGUUUCCCCUUUUACUCUGAGGUCACAUUUCUGAAAUGUGCUGCAAUUUUUGGUGCUAGCAUGCACAUGCUUCGGGGACAGUGACACUAGCAGCCUGACUUAGCCAAACAUUGGUCCAACUCCACUUGGCAGCUCUGUCUUGCAAAGCCAUGUGUUGGUGAGGGACCUGGCCUGGACUGAGUGGUAUCUGAGCUCACAUUAGCCACACCGUUGGUUUCACAAACUCAGUGGCUCUCUCUCUUAAGGAGUUAUGUGGUUUUAUACUCAUUUUGCAGUGUGCUCAUUUAUUUUGUAUGUAGCAAUACUUGGAUUGAUUUUUUUUUUUUCG